UUUAAUUUUCUUCCCCUUCCCCCCGUCCCUUUUCGGAGCACGAAUCCAAACAUUUUCCAAAUCGACAAAGAAAAGUUCGCACGCCGGUACCGCGGCCCUGACAGGCGGGCGCUGCUGCCGGGUCCCCCUCCCUCCGACACUUGACUCAACCUUGCAAGCAAGUGUGUGUGUGUGUGUGUGUGUGUGUGUGUGCGUGCGUGUGCGCGCCCCGAUCCCCCGCCCCGGUAACUUCCCUAGCGAAUAACAAGUACUCAUAAAGUCCCAGUCGCGCAGCCCCUCCCCGCGGGCAGCGCACUAUGCUGCUCGGGUGGGCGUCCCUGCUGCUGUGCGCGUUCCGCCUGCCCCUGGCCACGGCCGGCCCCGCCGCGGCACCUGCCCAGGAUAAAGCCGGGCAGCCUCGGGCUGCUGCAGCGUCUGUCCAGCCCAACCGGCGGCAGGGGGAGGAGGCGCAGGAGCGAGCCGAGCCGCCCGGCCAUCCGCACCCCCUGGCGCCGCAGCGCAGAAGCAGCGGGCUCGUGCAGAACAUCGACCAACUCUACUCGGGCGGCGGCAAGGUGGGCUACUUCGUCUACGCGGGCGGCCGGAGGUUCCUCCUGGACCUAGAGCGGGAUGGCUCGGUGGGCGACGCUGGCUUCGUGCCCACAGGGGGCGGGCCGAGCGCGCCCCGGCGCCAUCGGGGCCAUUGCUUCUACCGGGGCACCGUGGACGGCAGCCCCCGCUCCCUGGCUGUCUUUGACCUUUGCGGGGGUCUCGAUGGCUUCUUCGCUGUCAAGCACGCGCGCUACACCCUGAAGCCGCUGCUGCGCGGGCCCUGGGCGGAGGCGGAGACCCGGCGCGUGUACGGGGAUGGGUCCGCGUGGAUCCUGCACGUCUACACCCGCGAGAGCUUCAGCUUCGAGGCCCUGCCGCCGCGCGCCAGCUGCGAGACCCCCGCGUCCCCGUCGGGGCCCCGAGAGCGUCUCCCUGCACACAGCAGCCCGGCCCACCGCGCAGCACUGGCACCGCAGCUCUCGGACCAGUCCGCUCUCUCGCCGGCUGGGGCCCCAGGACCUCAGACGUGGUGGCGGCGGCGGCGCCGCUCUAUCUCCCGGGCCCGCCAGGUGGAGCUACUCCUGGUAGCUGACGCGUCCAUGGCGCGGAUGUACGGCCGGGGUCUGCAGCAUUACCUGCUAACCCUGGCCUCCAUCGCCAACCGGCUCUACAGCCACGCCAGCAUUGAAAACCACAUCCGCCUGGCCGUGGUAAAGCUGGUAGUGCUGGGCGAUAAGGACAAGAGCCUGGAAGUGAGCAAGAACGCGGCUACCACGCUCAAGAACUUUUGCAAGUGGCAGCACCAGCACAACCAGCUGGGAGAUGACCAUGAGGAGCACUAUGACGCGGCCAUCCUGUUUACUCGGGAGGAUUUAUGUGGGCAUCAUUCAUGUGACACCCUGGGAAUGGCAGACGUUGGGACCAUAUGUUCUCCGGAGCGCAGCUGUGCUGUGAUUGAAGAUGAUGGUCUCCAUGCAGCUUUCACUGUGGCUCACGAAAUUGGACAUCUUCUUGGCCUCUCCCAUGACGAUUCCAAAUUCUGCGAAGAAAAUUUUGGUUCCACAGAAGAUAAGCGCUUAAUGUCUUCCAUCCUAACCAGCAUUGAUGCAUCCAAGCCCUGGUCCAAAUGCACUUCAGCCACCAUCACAGAAUUCCUGGACGAUGGCCAUGGCAACUGUUUGCUGGACCUACCACGAAAGCAGAUCUUGGGCCCUGAAGAACUCCCAGGACAGACCUAUGAUGCCACUCAACAGUGCAACCUGACUUUCGGACCCGAGUACUCUGUGUGUCCUGGCAUGGACGUCUGUGCUCGCCUGUGGUGUGCCGUGGUGCGCCAAGGCCAGAUGGUGUGUCUGACCAAGAAGCUUCCUGCUGUGGAAGGGACACCUUGUGGGAAGGGGAGGAUCUGCCUGCAGGGCAAGUGUGUGGACAAAACCAAGAAAAAGUAUUAUUCGACAUCAAGCCAUGGCAACUGGGGGUCCUGGGGGUCCUGGGGCCAGUGUUCUCGCUCAUGUGGGGGAGGAGUACAGUUUGCCUAUCGCCACUGCAAUAACCCUGCCCCCAGAAACAAUGGCCGCUACUGCACAGGGAAGAGAGCCAUCUACCGUUCCUGCAGUGUCAUGCCCUGCCCCCCCAAUGGUAAAUCUUUUCGUCAUGAGCAGUGCGAGGCCAAAAAUGGCUAUCAGUCUGAUGCUAAAGGAGUCAAAACCUUCGUGGAGUGGGUUCCCAAAUAUGCAGGUGUUCUGCCAGGGGACGUGUGCAAACUGACGUGCAGAGCCAAGGGCACCGGCUACUAUGUGGUGUUUUCUCCAAAGGUGACUGAUGGGACUGAAUGCAGGCCAUACAGUAAUUCUGUCUGUGUCCGGGGGAAGUGUGUACGAACUGGCUGUGAUGGCAUCAUUGGUUCCAAGCUGCAGUAUGACAAGUGUGGAGUGUGCGGAGGAGACAACUCCAGUUGUACAAAGAUUAUUGGAACCUUCAAUAAAAAAAGCAAGGGUUACACUGACGUUGUGAGGAUCCCCGAAGGGGCAACCCACAUAAAAGUCCGACAGUUCAAAGCCAAAGACCAGACUAGAUUCACUGCCUACUUAGCCCUGAAAAGGAAAAAUGGUGAGUACCUUAUCAAUGGAAAGUACAUGAUCUCCACAUCAGAGACUAUCAUUGACAUCAACGGAACCGUCAUGAACUACAGUGGUUGGAGCCACAGGGAUGACUUUCUGCACGGGAUGGGCUACUCGGCCACAAAGGAAAUUCUAAUAGUGCAGAUUCUUGCAACAGACCCAACUAAAGCAUUAGAUGUUCGUUACAGUUUUUUUGUUCCCAAGAAGUCCACUCAGAAAGCAAACUCUGUCACCAGCCAUGGCAGCAACAAAGUGGGAUCCCACACUUCACAGCUGCAGUGGGUGACAGGCCCAUGGCUGGCCUGUUCCAGGACCUGUGACAUGGGCUGGCACACCAGGACCGUGCAGUGCCAGGACGGAAACCGGAAGUUAGCGAAAGGAUGUCUUCUCUCUCAGAGGCCUUCUGCAUUUAAGCAAUGUUUGCUAAAGAAGUGUUAGCCUGUGGUUAUGGUCUUCUGCACAAAGAUAACUGGAAGAUUCAUCACUGAGACAGUCACGGUGAACAAAAGGUCAUGCAUAGGUGUCAUUCUCAACAAGAGUCGAAUUAUGGGCAGAAUCUGCUCUCUGCGACCAAAAGAUGUGCACUGCUUCACAUGACAAUGGUGACCUUGGAAUACAGAAAAACUUGGGAGUUAUUGAACAUCCCCUGGACCUACAAGAAUGAAAAGAAACACAGAUGAAUGUAGAAUCAGGGGACAUUUGAAGAUAACAUACAGUCUCCCACUUGUCACCUACCUCUUACAGAAUGUCUUUAAAGACAUCAUAAUCAUUUUCACCCAUGAUACACAGUAGCUUAUUUUUACUGUUUGUAAAUACAUCCUCCCUUGGUAUGUCACUUUAUAUCACUUGGUUCUAUUAAAAUAUACAUAUAUAUAUAUAUAUAUUUCUAUAAAAAAAGUGUUUGACCAAAGUAGGUCUGCAGCUAUUUCAACUCCUCCCAGUUUCCAGAAAGAGCUGCGGAUGUUUUACUGGAAAUUAAGAAUUUGCUGCUGUUUUAAUAAGAUUUAGUAUAUUUUCUGACUACAGGAGAUAAAAUUUUAGUCAAAAACCAUUUUGACAGCAAGCAUCUUCUGAGAAAUUCUGCAAAGAAAAAGGAUCUCAGUGUAUGUAGUCAUUUAAAUCAUACACGGGUCUAUUUACAUAAACCUUUGACUGCCUGUAUUUUUUUCAGGCAGCCAGCCAAAUUAAUGCAUAAUUAAGAUGUAGAAAGUUUGCGUGUGUGUACAUGAUCAGUACUUGAGUCUAAAAAUUAGAAUCCUCGUCUUGGAAUUUAAAAGAAAAAAAGCACAUAUUUCACCAUGUUCUUAGUUUAUAUUUUCACAACUGCUUUCUCUUUCUGUGGCUCUCAUCUGAUAUUUCACAAUGUGUAAUAUGCAUACAAAACACACAGCAAAGAGUCUUCUAUCAUAUCCAACACUUUCAACUCUGUUAUACCUCUUACAACAAGCCUUUAAAAUGUGUUUGCUUUUGCUUGUUUGUUGUUUUGUUCAAAGUUUCCCUACAAUGUUUUGUUUUCUCGUUGACUUAGUUUAAUAGGAAUAGCAAAGAUCAUUUGGUAGUUAGCCACAUCUAGAAGUGGUUAUCAUCAUUAAUGUGGUUAAUGCAGAAAGAAAAGUGGUUAAUAUUAAUAAGACUGUUUCCACACCAUAGGCAAUAAUUCCUUAAAGUUUUUUUUUAAUACAGGCAUAUUCCUACUGUACUAAAGAUUUUUCCUGAUUGGAAAGCAUUUGGCUGUACCAGUAAGUGAGUACAGUAAGUGUGAGUGAUGAAAUGUGUUGAUUUUCAGGAAGUUAUUGCUUUUAUUUCCACAGCCUGUCUAGGUAGGUUGUCAGUUUUAGUAGUUAGACAUUGAAAAUUUUUUAUAAUCACAGACAUAAAAAUCUAUUUUUAGAUGUAAACUUCAUCCCCCCACUCCAACUUAUGGCUCAGAAAAUCAAAGGUGUUUUUAUUUCAUUGGGAUUUUUUUUCUUUGUGAAGCACCAUAAAGCCAAUUGUUUUUUAUAAAACUUUAUAAUAAUCAUACCAAACGUGCCUAUUUUUAAAGAUGUGCAUAUAAGGAUGUUAGAGAACCAUUGUUUGAGUUCUAUUAAGCUCAUGAGAGUUUAUUUUUAUUAUGAGAUAUUUUUAAUAUAAAAGAAUUCUGUAAUUGAUCUCACUAUAUCACAUUCAUUUCAGCGGGCCAGGAAAAUGGAUGUGUCGCUGUUUUGAGUAUUUUCUUAAGAAAUUAUUUUGUCAAACAAAAAAUUGUUUUAUAAAACCUAUAAUCAUCCUUUGGCUUUCAUACUGAGUUUGCUUUAGACAUGGUAAUUUUUUCUUAAUAAAUUAUCAGUUCUGGAAAUGAGGCCUAUACAAGACUGAUAACCUAUAUUUGAUGGAGAUCACUAGAUAACAAGAAAAGGGAAAAAAACUAGUCAAAUAGGUAAAAUUAAAUUAAAUUAAAAAUCACACCAACUAGUUGGCUGUGCAAAGAGAACUAAUAUAAAGGCCAAUGUUACUUUUUCUAAUUUUUAGAAUAAUUUUAAUCAAGUAACUCAAAUGUGGCAAAAUUUAUUUUUAUCUUUU